AUGGAAAAAUACAGUUUUGGGAGAGUGUUGGGGUGUGGUAGUGAAGGAAAAGUGAUGCUGGGGUGUAACAAUCAAAACCAUAACAAGGUAGCAAUUAAGUAUUUAGGACAAGAGCACUCUAUUUUGAAUGCUAUGGUGAAUGAGGUAGAAAUCUUGGAAGAGUGUGCUGGGCAUGUGAAUAUCAUCAAUCUUCUGGAUGUUACAACAAACAAGAAUGGCAGCUUCAUGGUCUUUGAGUUGAUGGAAACAGACCUAAGACAUCAUAAGAGGUUUGAAGGACAUGAGAUCAGAUCGUUCAUGAGGCAGAUCCUUUCGGGGCUUGCAUGGAUCCACUCCAACAAAAUUGUCCACCAGGAUAUAAAGCCCGAAAAUCUGCUAGUGAAAGGUGGUGUGGUAAAGCUUGCUGACUUUGGUCACGCACGAAGGUUGUGGGAACAACCUAGGGAAUGUUUUGGGACACUGUCAUAUCAUUCUCCCGAGCAACUCAAGGGUGAGAGGGGCCUUUACUCUACAGCAAUAGACAUAUGGGCAGCCGGGUGUGUCUUUGCAGAGAUGGUUUUAGAGUUUCGGUUAUUUGAUCCCAUAGACUAUGAAUUUAUGAAUGAAGAGGAUCGGAAAUGCCAAAUGAUGGAAUUAAUUCAAGCAUGGAAUUCAUGGUCAGAAUUGGAGCUUAUAGUAGGCGAUAAGAGCACUGUGGAGCUUAUGGCAAGGAUGCUAAAGGUGGAUCCUUGCAAAAGGAUUUCUGCCCAAGGGGCAUUAAAAUCCAAGUAUUUUGGUUCUGUGGAGGUGGGCACCCCAAGUAUGCAAAUGGUUGGUACUGGUGUUUGUAAGAAUUUCAAUUUGGCAUGUAUUGCUCAUUAA